AUCGAUCUAGUUUUUUUUUGUAAAUAGAACAAAAUUUUAUCUAAAGCAUGAUAUUUACAUUAUAUUACAUGGCUGCGACAUGGUUACAAGCAUGGAGAUUGGGUUCUUUAAGAACUCGUUUAAGCAAAUAUUUGGCUGAUCGUUAUAGUGUUGUAUUGUAUAAAAUGUCAGAGAAUGUUUUGGGUGAACAAGAUGUCACAGGUCCGUGCCUUGUAAAUUCAGUCAACAUAUCGAAGGCCCGUGUUUGCGAAGUCUUGCAACUGGAAGGGCCUUUGAGACUUUGCACAUUGUUUCCUUCGCGAAAAUUAUUUAUAUCGGAUUGGAUUACUGCUAGAGAUUAUGAAUCAGUUGAGAUAGAAGAUACUUCACUCUCAGAAAGCACUUUUAAUCGGUUUGAGGAUUUAAAACUAUUAAUAGAGGCUCAGCUAAAGGAAUAUAAUGGACAACAAUUUGAAAAACUCGAUUUGCAGCAUUAUGGAUCACUAAUUGCAUGGCAUUUUGAUAAAACCUUCUGCAUGGUUCUGUCUUCCACAUUGCAACAGUUGACAGAACUGCAACAGUUGACAGAACUUGCUCAGAAAUUUUAA